AUGGCAGAGAAGGAUGGUUGGACAGAUCGAUCUAGGACGGACAGGGUCUGUGAAUUUUUGACAUGGCUUUGCUUCAUCGAUGGAUGGGAGGAUGAGCGAGACGAUCUCCUUUGGGGACGAUUCAGAGCGUCGGAUCUAUAUAAAUCCAUGAUGUCCAACCUCGUUAGCAUUGGGGUCGAAAUCUUGGUGAUUGGCCUACGAAAUAUUGGAGGAUUGGCCCACUAA